GGCCGUCCUCCGAGCUGGAGGAAAAAAGACGGAGGUGAACGAGAAGGUGCAAUCUCGUGGAGACCCCUUGUGGAGGGAGGGAAACAUAGAGAGAGAGAGAGAGAAAGAGAGAGAGAGGACUUCGAAGAGUAGUAGUAGUAGGGAGGAUAUCUUGCGAAGGAAGCCGCUCGAUCGUUGGAUACCUCAACACUUCCACCGAUAUGCGUUAACCGAGAACGAUAUCUUUUCGAAAGUUUUUUUCCUGUGAUUUUCUUUCUCCUUUACUGUUAUGUGAAUAUUCUUUCGAAUAAUUUGAUAAAAUUUCUCGUUAAUUUUUUACGUUUUCCGAAGAUACAUUUUUCAAUCGAAAUAUUUGCAUCGAAUUGUACAACGUAAAAUGAUAAGGAUAUAUUCCUUGUGUCCUUUUUCAAUCAAAUAUUACUUACUUGACCAAAACGAGAAGAAAUUGAUCUGAUCAGUUCAAAAAUUCGUUCGGUGAAGGGGAUAAGUUUCUGCAAAAGAAAGGAAUAAUAGAGGAAGGACAACGAGAUUUUGGAGUAAGAGAAAGAGAAUAGAGAGAAUCAAGAGUGGGAUAUCAAAAGAGAAAGAGAGAGAGAGGGGGAGAGAGAGAGAGAGAGAGAGAGAGAGAAAGAGAGAAAGGGAGAGAGAGAUAGCGGAAACGAAUUAAGAAUACUACCAUGCUUUAAAAGAUCUUUGGGCACUUGCGAAUUAAACGAAUCCUAUUAUUUUCUUUGGCUUUAUUUUUAUUCUAAAAAUACAAUUUCGUAACGUACGAACAGAAAAGAACAAAGAAAAAAGGAAGAAGAAGAAAGGAAAAAGAAAAAAAUAGAUUGGAAAGACUAUCGAAUGAUUUCCUGGUAACUAUUUAUAUCGCGUCAAGCCGAUGACGCAUCUUGUAGAACACCAAAGUUACGACGACGUGCUACAACGAGAUUCUUCGUAGAUACGAAGAAGUCCGAGGAUGUGUUUGUAACAAACGAAGAAAACAACGUAGGCGUCUUUUGCUAAAUCGAGAAAGAUUGCUGGAUACUCUGCAUGCACUGAUGUUUGAUUUAGAAAGAAAGAAAGGAAGGUGCGAUGUAAUUGGGUUAAGAUAAGCCAUAUCUAUUUCUUGUUAUCACGAAAACAUAGUAGAGUUCUAUUUGAAAGAAAAAAUUUUUAUAUAUUCGACGAUAGUCGAAAUAAAAUGCAGUUAGCAGCAACUCAAAGACCUCACCCACCACCGGUACCACCUAGACCAAGUCGACAGGUGGUAGCUGAGGCAUUGAAAAGAUCACCUAGACCACCCUGUCCUACUAGACAAGCACCUCCACCUCCUAAUACCAAACCUUGGAGAUCUGAUCGUGAUCAGAAUGAUCAACAACAGCAACAACAGGGAUGUCCAGGUGGUGGACGUACCAUAAUCUACGAAUCCAUCAAGGAAUCUACGAAAGCAGAAAGAAACGAUAGUCCUCCAACAAAUACCGGCACAGUUCAGCUCGCUGACAAGCAUCAGCAGCAGCUGCAACAGCAACAGAGUCAUGUAUCGAGUGAAAGGAAUGACGACGACGGCGACCAUCGUGAAAAUCCACGAGAAAGACGGCACCGGCAACUUAUCCUCGAGCAAAAUGAUAUUUCCACAGAGCCGGUGGUCGUACGAGAAAAAAGAGGAGGAGAAGGAGCAGGAGGAGCCACUAUCGAGGAUCCUCGACCGGAGGGACAACGCCUUGAAAAUCGUGCUGAUUUCAAGGAUUUCAAAGAUCAAUCUAAUUCCUUAGGUCGACGAUCACCUCGAAAAACAGAUGGUGACUUAUCCAACACUAAAGUCGAUUUCGAGAUAUUGGACAAGGAAGAGCAUGCGUCGAUAGAGAUUACAAAAAAUCCUACUAGGUCAAAUGUUUCGUUCGAAGACGAACGUCGUCCAAGCCCUGAAACGAAAAUACUAACAAGUAACGAUAUAGGAUUUAGAGGACUGCUAAGGAUCAGGCCUGAGAAAUCCUUGAACAUGGAAAAGACGAUGAGCAAGUUUGAUGGACGACCUACGCCUACACGAAGAUCACCUGCUGGUAACCAACAAUCAACCGCUUCAUCUCGAAAAGACUCUGUUUCCAACGAGAAUCGUAAUAAUAACAAUAAUAAUAAUAAUAAUAACAAUAAUAGUAUCCAUAUUAAUAACAACAAUAACAAUAACAAUAAUAAUAAUAAUAAUAAUAAUAAUAAUAAUAAUAAUAAUAAUAAUAAUAAUAAUAAUAAUGAUGGUGAUGAUAAUGAACAAAAUGAGAAAGAGUUGAGUGUAACAGACGAGAAACAUGGAACAGUAGUCGUGGUUGACGAAUCUGAACAUAGUAAAGCCACGUACAACGAGGAGGACAACGACAAUAACAUUCAUCGACAGGAUUGGCUCGAGGCCGGUAUCCGUUAUUCUUCCACGCAGAUCACUUUGCAGGGAGACGAAGGUGCCGACGGUCUCCUCUCAUCUUCGUCCGUUGACGUCGAACGCGUUAAUGGAUACGACGAUCGUCCCGAGGACGAACGCACCGUCGACCUUGACUUCGUCAGCAUACAGGAGAGGAUCGCGAUGUCUUCCCUGCAGGGGCUGCCACCGUUGCCGAGGAGCCUCAGUGGAUUUAAUUUGAGUGGAGCUUCUGAGCCACCCCCACCACCUACGAGGUCAUCCAGCAAAUCACAAAGAGGCGGGAAAACGUCAGUUCAAACUUCUACCUCGAGACCUUCUCCACCUGCGAGACAACUUACCACGUUGGAUACUCAACUGGCGAUACUUAGAAGAGAAAUGUUUGGUCUACGACAACUGGAUCUCUCUUUGCUUUCGCAACUUUGGUCCCUGAACGAAUCAAUCCAAGAAUUUCGACAACUCUUGCAGGAACAAGAAGACAGAGCUCCAUCGCCAUCGCCAAGUAGCGAGGAAGGAGACGAUACUUCGUAUGGGACACAUCCACCGCCGGCACCUAGAAGACCAGCACCUGUGGUGCAUCAUCAUCGACCACCUAGGCCACCCAGACCACCAAGACCACCACCCAGCGACGAGUCACCGUCUAGCGAGGAAUACGGAGCCGUUUGACGGAUGAUAUUUCGUAAAAGGACGAAAAGAUCUUCUCCGCUGUGUUCCCCAAACUCUAUAGAGUUCCUGUAAAAGAGAAAAUCUGCAAAGAAAAGAAGAAGAAAGAAAGAAAGAAAGAAAGAAAGAUGCUGAAUCCUUUUACAAAGUUUUCUCUUUCUCUCUUUCUUUCUCUGUCUCUUUCUCUUUGUCGUUGAAAGAGCGCCUCCGGUGAUGAAGGAAGAAGGAUCUUAGUUGAAAUUCAAUUAAAGAUAAGCUAUUAUCGCCUCGAUCAAAGAGUCUAUAUCGUUUGCGAGAGAAAGAAUAUUAAUAUAAAAGAAGAAUAAGAAGAAGAAGAAGAAAAAUGAUGAAUGAAUGAAUGAAUAUCACGAAAGCCAUGUGUUCAAGGCUGCCUACCUCUAAGCAUUACAUCGAUUUUAAACGUUUUAUUGAAAGACGCGCCGUGUGUUGUUCGUACAAGAGUGGAAGUCAAUUAGUAAACAAAUUUUGUCCGUACGUCGGAAGUCACACAUACGUGAUAAUCUGAUGUUAUAUACCUAUGUAUGUAUGUAUGUACAUAUAUAUCACGGACCGUUUUUCUGACUUAUAUUAUCCGAGAAAGUCUCUUCUAAAGCUACAUAGACCACACUGAUCUUAAUCACAGACAACGAUACUAUUCUUUAUUCAAGCUAUUAGAUAAGAAAAAUACUCUUCUCGCCGUUUCAUGGUUAGUGUUAUUAAAGAGCCUUCGAUAAGCGGCAAUGGUUUAUAGCAACAACAGCAAUAGAGAGUUUGUUUUUGCAUGAAUAGAUUUCUCUGCGGCGUCGUCGUCAUCGUCGCCGUCGUCGUCGUCGUCGUCGUCGUCGUCGUCGCCGUCGUCGUUGUCGUCAUCGUCGUCGUUAUCGUUCUCUAUUUUAGAGACAACAUCGAUCAUACGACACGUCCAAAGUUUUUUGCGACAGGUAGUAGCUAGUGAGUUCCAAAGAACUGUCUUUCUUCCGUUUUGGUCAAAGAAGGAAAAACUUUCUCACGUUAACGCGUUAUUACGUCCACUACAGAGUUUUCUCUUUCUUAGCUAGCGUAGAUAAGCGUGUAAAGAUUAUUAUCGUAGAUUUUAAGAGAUAAACACGGGAGUUGUCGAUUCGGCAUCAUUUUCUCUGUCAAUUUUUUUUUUAUGUAGGUUUGUUCCGAACGUGUAAAAUAAUGAUUUACAUAGUGUUAUACAAAUAAAUGAAAGGUGAUUUAAUGAUA